UCCUGUUAAAUCCCUGGUGUGUGUAUAUUCGCAGCAUAUGUAUUUACGAAGUUCAGCACAGCCAUAUGAGAAAUUAGCCUCUGUAUUCACCGGGGUCCUCCCACCCCUCUGUCUUGUUCUCUAAUCCGCCCACAUGUAUCGUCUGAGGGAAAAAAAAAAUAGUGCAGAAGGUGACGCUCCUCCAAAGGAACAGAGAGAGGCACAGAGAGGGAAAGGCAAAGAGAGAGGUGUCUACAGGCUGCAUCUCCAUUGAAACAUUUGCAAAAAGGGGGGAGACAGAGGAAGAGCUGAAUGGUAGCUACACCCUGCGCCUGGAAGCGUAGAGACACUGUAACAAAGGCUGGCAAUUUUUAUUUUUUAUUUUUCUGGCAAUAACAAAGAGGUGGGAGAGGGGGCUCUGAAAUCGAGGGGAAAUAGCAACAACAACAACAACAAAAAAGACUCCUGCUUCAUUCCAUCCGAAAAGCCUCAUCCCUUUUGCCAUCAUCAGCAUGACCAUAAGCUAUAAGUAACAUUCGGCAAUAACGGUGUCAAAACGAGGUUUCCAGCAACAGACGCGCGCAAUCCCUAUUUUGUUUUAUUCUAAUCGUGGGGAGCAAAAAAAGCAGAUGAACCGAAUGCCUGCGAGAAACUGGAUACUCUCUGAAAUCAUAAGAAAGAGCGAUCUAACAAAGAAAACUACAUUUUGAUUGAUCUUUUCAAAGCUUGAUGUGCGCGUUUCUGCACGCACUCGAAACGAACCUGAACCAAAAGCAAACUCCUCAGACUCCUCCCUCCUCCUCCCUUCGGUUUCUCUCAUCCUCUCCCUCCCCCCCGGUCCUCUAUGCUCAGUUCGGUGUGUGUAUCCUCUUUCAAAGGGCGCAAGGGUGGGAACAAGUCGUCCAACAAAGCAUGUUACAGCGCAGACAUGACUUGUCCGUCGGAAAGCGAGAAAAUCGUGAUAAACUGCGGGGGGGUGCGGCAUGAGACGUACCGGAGCACCCUAAAAACGUUGCCCGGUACCCGCUUGUCGUGGCUCACCGAGCCGGACGCGUUCAGCAACUUCGACUACGACCCCAAAUUAGACGAGUUCUUCUUCGACCGCCACCCGUCAGUGUUCUCCUUCAUCCUCAACUAUUACCGCACCGGGAAGUUGCACUGUCCCAACGAUGUGUGCGGUCCCCUGUUCGAAGAGGAGCUGGCCUUCUGGGGCAUCGAUGAGACGGACGUGGAGGCGUGUUGCUGGAUGAAUUACCGGCAGCACCGGGAUGCGGAGGAGGCGCUGGACAGCUUCGAGACUCCAGAACCGGACGCGCCGGACGACGAGCCGGCGCUGGGCGGUGCGGAUGGGGACUUGAAAAGACUGUGCAUGCAGGAGGACGCAAGGAAAGCGGGCUGGUGGAAAACCUGGCAGCCCCGAAUAUGGGCACUGUUUGAAGACCCGUAUUCCUCCAAAUAUGCCCGGUAUGUGGCAUUUGGCUCCCUAUUCUUCAUCCUCAUCUCCAUCUCCACUUUCUGCAUGGAGACACAUGAGGCCUUCAACACCAUCCUCAACAAGACAGAGAAUGUCACGGUUGGCAACUCGACCCGUGAGGAGAUCGUAUACGAGGUGGUGACUGACAGCUGGUUGACGUACGUCGAGGGCGUGUGCGUCAUCUGGUUCACCAUUGAGGUCCUGCUGCGAGUCACCUUCUGCCCAGACAAGCUUGAGUUCUUCAAGAGCAGCCUCAACAUUAUCGACUUUGUCGCCAUCCUGCCCUUCUACCUGGAGGUGGGCCUGAGCGGUCUGUCCUCCAAAGCUGCCAAGGAUGUCCUGGGGUUCCUCCGUGUUGUCCGAUUCGUCCGUAUCCUCCGAAUCUUCAAGCUGACCCGCCACUUUGUGGGUCUCCGUGUCCUGGGCCACACCCUGCGUGCCAGCACCAAUGAAUUCCUCCUGCUCAUCAUCUUCUUAGCCCUUGGUGUCCUCAUCUUUGCCACCAUGAUCUACUAUGCCGAACGAAUUGGCGCAGACCCAGACGACCCGACAGCCAGCGCCCACACCAACUUCAAGAACAUUCCCAUUGGAUUUUGGUGGGCUGUCGUGACCAUGACCACACUGGGCUAUGGAGAUAUGUACCCAGAAACAUGGUCAGGGAUGCUGGUGGGUGCUCUGUGUGCCUUGGCUGGUGUGCUGACCAUUGCCAUGCCUGUGCCCGUCAUUGUCAACAACUUCGGCAUGUACUACUCUCUGGCCAUGGCCAAACAAAAGCUGCCCAAAAAGAAGAACAAACAUAUCCCCCGAGCACCACAACCAGGGUCCCCCAACUACUGCAAGCCAGAUGCCCUGGCUAUGGCUACCGCAUCACCACAAAGGCUCUUGGGAAACGUCCUAGGUGGAGUGAUGGGGUCUGGAGGCAUUGGGGGUGACUGUCCUCUUGCCCAAGAAGAAAUUAUAGAGAUUAAUAGAGAUUCUAAGCAGAACGGCGACGCGGCCUCGGCCGCCCUGGCUAACGAGGACUGUCCCACCAUCGACCAGGUGCUGAGCCCUGACGAGAGGAGCCCUAUUGGGCGAGGGCCUACCCGGGAACGCUACCAGCAGGACCGCGCCUGCUUCCUGCUCAACACCAGGGAAUUCCGUGCCACAGAUGGGAAUGUGCGGAAAGGUUGUGUCAUAUCACGCGUGUCAACGGGCUACGAGAAAUCUCGCAGUCUCAAUAACAUAUCGGGAAUGGCUGGGUCAUCACUUAGGCUUGCUCCUAUCACUAGCCCACCCUUUGAAACCUAUGAGGCCCCAGGACCACUGCGCCGCUGUCGCUCCCCCAUCCCCUCCAUUUUGUAGCAAAAAAAAAAAAAAAAAAAAAGAAAAAAAAGAAAGGGAUGUUCAUGAUCGGAUGAUAAGAGUUGCAGUGGAUUAGCCAUGGACUGAUCACAUUGAAUCCUCCAUUUGGACUGUACACCGUGCAAAAACAAUAGCAAUAACAUGAAAUGAACUUGAAUGUAGAAAGAACGACCCCUUGUCUUGUGAAUCUAAUGGUUUAUGAUGCAUGCGUCCAGUUAGCUGAUGGGGUUAAAUACAAAUCCUAGCUUUAAAGGGUCACUGUUAUUUUAAAUUACUAGAAGAAAUGUAAAAAAAAAAAAAAUGAAUUGAUUAGUUCAUAAAAUAGUAUCAGAGAUUUAAAAGAAUUAUGAAUUUGAAUACAUGUGCACAGUUACAUUUUGAAAUUUAGGAUUAAGUGUGUAGAUGGACAUCCAUUUUUAAAUGUUCUGGACCAAACAAAAAGCUCACAACACUGUCCGGAGUAAUCACCAUGAGACAAGAUACUUCAGUUCAUUUAGCCAAAGACAAAAAUACAUUUAUAGAUUAGAUUGAUGUUGAAAAAGGUUUCUACUUUCUGUCUUCUGUGAAUAUUGAUGUAUGUACAGUGUAGACAUCAUUUUGGUAAAUCUCUCGAAAAGACAGACUCGGCUUCUAUAAGUCUCAGUAUUAACACUUAAUUUUCUAUCUCAUCAUAGUGACAUCAAUAGACACCUUAGCUUACACAGCAAAGCUAAAAGAUGUGAAAAGCUGAGGAAAAAAAACUAAAGAGCUUAGCUAAAAUGAAAAGAAUACAAGUAUCAUAUCAUAAGAGCUAUCUCAGUUUUGCAGCCUAACAUGACUUUUAAAAUGUUAGUUUAUUUUAAGACAUUGCUGUUGGAAUCCCAUGUAUGCAACUGCUACCUUCCAGUGUAAAGUUAAAGGUCUAUUCAGUCACUCUUUUUUGCAAUUGCAAGCAUGUUGUCUAAUACAUUUCUAUAUAUUUAUCAUCAUCUUAUGCAUCAUAUGCAAUUAGAACAAUCAUUUCCCAAAAUUAAAAAUCAAUUAAUAACAUAAAAAUAAUAAUUUCAUUGUAUGCCCCCAACAAUACAUGAAAAAAUUACUAAAAUGUUUAAAUACUUUUGUUUCAAUGCCAUGUAGGCUGUAGACACCACAUCCUGGAGGGACCACUACAAAUUGUAAGACGAGGGUCGUGAGAUCGAUGGAUGUAGCCAAACUAGCACUUGCUUGUUACAUGCUACUGACCUUAGCUAAUCACAAUAGCUGUGGGUUUGACAAAAUUGUUAAUAGAUUUUUAAAUUUUUGUUCAUUCAGGUUAAGCGCAUUUCUAGGAAAAUUCUGUCCUUGGUUUUAAACAUUAUUAGUGCAGCCGAGGACCUCACGAGUCGAGCUGCGUGGCUAGCUACGUGCUAACUAUGUUUUGUCUCCCACACUGCCUUUGGCAAACGGCACAAUUAAGCUAUCACAUCCUCAGUUAAUAAAUUCUAUUUGAUGACUGAGUGGACCUUUGAAGAAAAGCUAAUCAGGACACUAAUGUAUAUGAAUUAUGUAUUUAUAUGUAGGCCUACAAUUUUUCGAAAAAGUCUAAAUGCAAUGUUUUUAGGAAGCUACUUAAAAAUGACAAUAAAUAAUGCAACAAAUAUGCUUAUAAAAUCAGGUAUGGAUGACUACAUAAUUAUAUAGUUAGAACAAAUACAAGCACUUUACUAACACAGUGUUAAUUUACUAACCUUGAAAGCUUGCAUGUUGGGAUACAGACCAUAUUACAACGAACUGAACAUGUGACUGAGCACCAUUAAACAUCUCUAACUGUUCAGUUUUUUUUCCAAAUAUCUAUUUUGCUUCUUCUUCUCCUUUUUUUAAAAUAUAUAUUUUUUUUCCCCAUAAUCAUUUGAUUUUGGUUUAAGUGUUUGUCUAAAACAGUUUUAAAAAAUACAAAUUUAAAUGACGCAAUCCGUUAAUCUGUGAAAAAUAAAAAUAGGACAGUGGUUACCUAUAUACCACUUCCCUCAGUAAUUUAAAAUAAAAAAUAUCUUUUAGGGAAUUUACAGCUUAUAUUUUUGCCACUGAGGUCCUUCCUCAGAUUGACACCCUCACAUGAAAAUUGAUCUUAUAUGAAACAUUGAGCAAAAAGAAGAUAGUAAUAAAACAUUCACAUAUGCAAUAAACAUGCAAUAUUAUUUUAAUGCUGGAAAACAUGCUGUGCACAUACAUAUGUAAAUAUGCAGAUCUAUUUUUAAUCCUGAAGAUGCACAGAUUUUGUAGGCAGUCAACUUAUUAUGUUUGAUUUAGUGUUACGAUGACAUCAUGAGCCAUUUGUCUUGUUUUAUUUCAAGUCAAUGUCUUAGUGGUCCUUGAAACUUUUUAAUGUUGUGGCUGCCAUUUUUUAAAUUGUUUUAGUUUUGUAAUGGUUUUAUAUUUUCUUUUCACUUGUACUGGUAAUGUGUAUUUCAUUGUUAGGAAUGAAUUUUCUCUACCACUGAUUGUCUAAAAAAAACAUUUGUUAAAAAGAAGAUACAAUGUUGUAUUUAAUUGUCCUUAAGUUCUUUAACAAACAGAAACAUAGCAAGACUGAAAUCACGAGGAAAAACUGUAAGUGCUUUAGAAACCAACAAUUUUUUGCAGGUGUAAAGGGAGAGUGUAUUUACUUGUUUAGAGAGUCAGGUCCUGAUAUUCUUACUGUCAUAAUCCAUGGUUGCCAUUUUGUCAACAAAAAAAAAAAUCGAUGUGCUUCCAGACCCCUCAAGUUUGAGAACUUAGAUAUGCAGAACUGUGUUUCAGGAUGAAAGCUAUGACAUCACUUGAAUGUUUGCUUGAAUCUAUUGUUGACUGGAGUUUGAGAGGUUUGUAAAAUGUGUAGUGUCUCAUUUAAAGUAGAUCCUACCCUAAAGUCACUGCAAGAAGUAAUGCUUGCCUGGCUUCAUCUGAUACGGGUUUUUGAACGCCAUUGCACAUAUUUUCAGACUGAAGUUGCUAAUAGUAAUGUUUAAACUCAAUAUUGUUACAUUUCACCAUUAUGAUGUCAAAAAAUUAGAAUAAUUUAGUGUUGUCUGAAAAUAUCUGAGUGGCAUGCAGAGCUUUGGUUUAACAGCAGCUCCUUAAUGGAUAAUGUCAACCUCAACUUAGGGAAGGUAGGGAAACUCUGGGAUAGUAGGUUUUUAAAUAGAUUUAACUUGCAGGAAAAUGAUUUGUGAACAUGUAAUGAGUACAAUAAAACAUGUUCACUGGCCUGGGUUUAAUUGUCAAAGCUAAUCUUAGUCCACAUCGGCAAACCUGAAUAUUGGUCUGCAAUUUUUUUGCUAGCAUCACUUCUCUCAGUGCACAAAAUCUUCUAUUUAAGCGCACAUGCAUACUGUAUAAUCUUCAAAUGACUCCACAAUGUGGACGUUACAAUUUGCAGAUACUCUGAAUUACAGCAGUAUGCCACUUCAGUUGGAAUGUACAUUUUCUGUUACAGUGAAGAAAAUGUCCAUCCAUCUUAUAUAUCUGCAGAGGAAUGUUUUUUUUUUUUUUUUUCAAGCUCUAAGUGACUGGAUAUGGGUGAGAGGAAUAACAUCUCACUCAACACCACUUUAAUUUUAACAUUUAUGAUUGUAUAAGUUCUGUAUUUGUUCAUAUUUGCUUUGUAUUUUAACAAAAUUGAUCUGAGGAAUGUCAUAAGUGUGGUUCUGUUAGGCUUAAAGAGUCAUUUCACAUAGUUGUGGCCAAUGCAAAUCACCUACGACACUCUGACGUACACAUUGUUUAAGAAAACAAAACAGGCAGAUGUUGUAAGUGCCUCUAUGAGGCCCCCAUAGGCUCUGAUGUCAAUUUAGGAGUUCAUGCAAACUAGCUAGAUUUAACUAGCUAAACCUUCGAAGCAAUGCUUAAUAGGUCAGUGGUUAUUAUCAAGUAUGUACAUAUCUGUAUCUACACAUGUGAAUACAUUAAAGUCAUAUGAAAUUAAUACACCUAUGUAUACUUUGUGAGUGUGGGGAAGAAAGUUUCUUAAGUUUUAUCCUACAAAUUACUCACUGAAGUGUCAAACUAACCUGACUAACACUUGGUCAUAUAUACAUACAUAUUAGGUCUGGAUUUCAAAGAGAAAGUAUGUUUGUUUGUUAUUUUACUGUACUAUUUCCACAUGAUCUUUUUAAGGCACACUAUUAUUAAUUCAGCUGCAUUGAUAAAGGACAUUUCUGAAUGCGUUCUUAGUUCUGUUGUUUGCUUGGACAAGAGCUGGUGCUACAUGGGGUAAAUGCAGUUCAUGCUACUGAAUAUAGUAAAUGUAAAUAUUUCAGUGGUUUUUGCUAAUGUAUCUUAAAAGGCAUGUAUGGUACAUGUGCAGCUUUUAGAGAGAAAAAUGACUGUCACUAUUAUAUUUGGAAUUAGUAAUAAUAGAAUACUAAAUACUGCUGUACUCUAAGUAUGUUUUUUCAUUAGUGAGAUGAAGGGGGGAAAUUCUAUUUGAUCAACUUUAAUUGUAAUGUCCACUAAAUGAGUGCUAUAGAAUCAUCCAGCCAAGUCGCCAGAAAAAAAAUGUUGGCAUUGUACAUUUCCGCCAACUCCUAUAUGUUACAUUGUACGUUUUAUACAUAUCAUAUCUAUGUUUCUAAAGUGACACUGAGCUGAUGUUGUCCUGAGGAGGUGGAGGGGAUUGUGGCUGCCAACCUUCAAACCAAUAAACAGCAAAACUGGUUGUGAUUUCUGGUGGCUUUUUAGGCACGAAACACUGGUGUUUUAUAGUGACCCAUCGCUAAUUUUCCAGUGGGUAUGCUGACCCAAAAAGCAUUUGGCACCCACUUUUCAUGCUGGACUUCUGCCCCUAAAACUCCUGUAUGUAUAACAUAAUCUUUUCCUAAUCAUAACCAAGUGGUUUUCAGCCUAAACCUAACCAUGGCUUCAUCACAGCCACGUAAUAAUGUGCAAAUGUAACAUAUCCUUGGUUUGCAAAAAUGUACAAUGCCAACAUUUUUUCCUGGCAACUGGCUUGAGUUAUCAUGGGAUGUAGCAAACUAAUGUAUUGCUGAAGACACUGAGGUAAAACACCUAUCAAUCCUCAUGUAGCAAAAUGCAUUUAUCAAAGAAGUUCACCAAGAAGCUAGACUAUCCCUUUGACUUUGACCUACUAGUACCAUCAGUCAAUAAGCUGUUAUGAUUUACAACAGCAGUGCAUAAUGUGUUGUUGUGUGUAUCAACACAAAGGCUACUUUGGCACAGUUUCAGGAUGCUGCUGGUGCCAGGAAAAAGACAGAAAAGUCUGGUUUGUGUCCAAACAAACAGUGGUGUAUCUUUAGACUGUACAUGUGCACGAUUUUGUUAAACGUGUUACACAGAAGAAGGCAUACACAGGAAUUUAUAAAUCUGGAAGUAACUCUAUUAACUUGUUUUUGAUUUUGUGCAGACAUAUUUGGGAAAUUACACAGAUUUAUGUAUCUGACACCAGGAGAAGGUCCUGUUACUCUUAAUGAGAUUUGCAUGACGAAAUACUGUGUUAAUACAAUUACAAAGUCUAUGCUUAAUGGGUAAGCAUGGUGAGUUAGAUUAAUAGGUGCUCACUCUUCCUCAUAAUGUAAGCUGCAGUUGCUGCUUGUAGGAUGUACGAGGGCCUUUCCUCUCAGUCGACUAAAUCCCUAACAUUCACUAUACAACUGGUCUUUAGAAAAUAUGAACUGUGUCUCACUAACAGCUUUCCUCUGGAGAAAACUGCAACUAUACAGUGGAAAAUAUCAGAGGAAGAGGGUGACAUGAAGAGCAGACUGGAAGAGCUAAUGUGGCUGCAAUAAAGGAUAAUGUUUGUUUUGGGUUGGUGUUUGCUAGCGAGACCACGACAGAAGUGUUUAAUCUCCCAGUAAAUAAUGCAUGAUGCCAGCACAUGUGAUACAAGAGUGUUUGCCAUAACUGUAGGCGACAAACUAACAAUACUCAACCUACUGUUGUUGACAGACAUUUCCUUGAAUUUGCACCUGUGCUUGCAUAAUGCAUAGCAUAAAUCGGGGGUUAAGCCUCCUGAAAUGGUGUCAGCCCCAAUGUGUGAUCCCACUGUUUCUUUUAAAAGUGAAAACUUCCAUGAAAAGCAUUGAGUAUGUUUGUACGUGUCCAUCUGUCAAAAAUGUGUUUCCCCAUGAAGUUUACAUAUCAUUCAAGUGACAAUGUUUGCACACGCGUACAUAUGCACAUACACGCACAUUAGUGAAUAACUGGUCAUCAUCAUCUAAGCUUGUUCCAAAAUGCUCUGUACAUAAUUCACUCCUGUAAAGAUGUUUGAAUUUGGCAGAGUGGGGAGCAUGGUGCUGGUCAGUUGGCUGGCAGCUACUGUUUGUUUUUCUAAUAUUGUCAGUCACCAGUUUUAUUAUCACCAUUUCUUGAUUUUGUUACCCAAGAAUAACCUGUGUGCCAACUUUCUGUCUGUAUGUUGGAUAUAGACUUUCUGUAGCUGUAUUAGAGUUGUCAUAACAGUUUAAAUGUGUGCACUUCAUUCUGACAUGCACAGUUAACCAGCAGUUUACAGGUAAUCCCUGAUUACUUACCAUAUUGUGCAUAAUGUUAGUGAAACUAUGAAACUGUGUUAUGGAAAACAAUGUAAUUGGCAAAUUCCAAAUAUGAGAUUGGUUUAUAUAAGUGGAGCACUUCUGUAAACCAAUCAAGAUUCAAGUGCUUACUCGUAAAGUUCUAGUUUAUAUGUCACUGAAUCAACACAUUCUCACUCCCAGCUUGUCUAAUGCCGAUACUUGGUCAGCUAAAUCUCAAACUAUGAUGUUCUAGGUACUCCACCAAUGUUGGUUUUUGACGGUCAGGGACGGCGUGUCAAUUUGCGCUUGCUACCUAUUUUGUUUUUUCGUGCAGGAAAUGUGCAGUUUCUGCUCGUUAAAUGGAGUUUCUUUUCAAAAUGAACUUUUUAGGUUUACUUUCUUAGGUUUAGGCAACAGAAGUUCAUGGUUAGGUUUAGAAAAAAACAUAGUUUGGCUUUAAAUAACUCUGUUUGUUAUGAACAUAAUGCAGUGUCAAGUGACACAUACGUCACAUGACAUCUGUCCCUAGCAUAGUAUGCUACACAUAUGAACACAAUACCUUGUCAUUAAAAUAAGUCGAUGUACUUUGGUUUUACACGGGAAACGAACAGCGGUCUCCUGGGUGAAAGUCCAGAGUUUGUUUGACCAAUCCACCUCUACCUCUGCCCACUCUAUGUGGACUUUCUCGCGCUUCAUACUACAGCAGUUCCUCGAAAAAUUAAAAAAAUGCCGCUGCCCUAAUGCUUCUCAAAGGAAGCCUUGUUUUUCGCUAUCUGACGCCGAGAGCCUCUGACCACACAUCGGUAUUUGACAAGUUAGGAGUGAGACCGGGUUGACUGAAUAUAUUCUCUUACAAAUUCUGUUUAUUCUGUGUGAUCUAAAUAUUAAUGGCUUUCUGUUCUUGUCUUCACAGUGUUAAGUUUCUAGCAUUCGCCUUCUCUCUAAUGAGGAGUCAGUAACCGGUAAACACAAAUUUGAGGCGGGAGCCACGUAAGCGACAGGUGUGACGCGGAUGGACAGUUUAAAGGAGAUCUUUGGGGUGACAAGAGAGAGACCAGAGGUUAAUCAUGAAUUUAAAAAAAUCACAUGGUCUGCUCCUCACGUUGUUACCAAAGCAGCCUCUUGGAACUCCGACCACAUUUUUUGACAACUGUCUGACUGACUUUUUUUUUUUUCCUUUCUUUUUUCUGUUUUUUGGGCAAACUGACUGAGCAUUGCACUGACACACUUUUGGGAGAGAAAAGGACUCCUGAUUACACAUUCCAGAUGACAUCUCUCUGACAACAUUAUACUCGCCAUCUUGUACGAUGACCAAACUCAGUACCAUCCUCAGUGCUGAACAACUGAGCAACUUCACAACUUUCCGAAAAGAAAAAAAAAACAACAACAAAAAAACAAACACUUGUCUUCACAAAGGACCGAAUGAACAAUGUAGCAUCUCUGCUAACAUACUGUAGCAUUUGUUGGCUGGGAAAUAACUUGACUUAAUCCAUCCACAGUUCGAAGAGAGGAAUUUAUGCAUUCAAGGGAUCUUUUAGAUGUCAUUUUCCUCUUAGGUUCCUUUCCAGUGAAGAAAAAAAUAUAGAGUACAUGAGAGACAAAGGAUUGGUCUUACUCAUUAAAACUAUUAACAUUCCAAAAAAAGAAUUCGAUGCACUAAAUACAAACAGUGCACAUGAAAUCAACCACAAAUGCACAGUAUUUACCAACACCCACACUAUACUCUCUCAUUCAAGUUUAGCACUUGUAUAGCAUGUUUGCCACUGAACCUAUGUCUUCCAUUCACUUUUAUUAGACUGAAACACUGCCCUCUUCACAAGUACUGAGAUAAUCAAAAACAGCACUAACUAUGAAGUUGAACAAAUGAAGCACAUGUAGCAUCAGCUCAAACAGGUCAUGUAUGGCAUUUACUGUACAUUUAGACUCACCUGAAACAUUCACCACAAGGAAAUGGUGGAAAAAGACUUCUCUUUAUCUCUCAUGUACUGACAUGGGCUCACCCCGAAAAUGCGAUACCAAAGGUCCUGUAGCAAAGACUUGCUGAAUGACCUUCUGUAACGUAUCGCAGAUCAAGAGGAAUAUUUCAUUUAGGGUGAGGCUUGUACUCGCCCUCACACUGCCCAUUGCCUAUGUUUGGUACAAACACAUGCCUCUAAAAGUACUUUAACUGCCACUAGCAUCUCAUCUCUAUAUGCACAUUUUAGUACCUUUUCCCAUGUCUGACUGACACAGUGCUCAGUCAUGAGGAGCAAAAAGACUGACUCAAGGAGACAAAACAAAACAAAAAGACAAUUGUCAGUCUUUCUUCGGUAUCAAGGGAUAUUGGCCUGCCUAAAUUACGACGAAAAGGACGCCCAUGCCACGAGGACGCUUUUUACGUCGCAUAAAACUGUCCAUUAACUGGAAAUUCUGUGUUAUUAUUUUUUGAAAGGGACCAAUCAGAUACAUGCUCCUCCUAACACAAAAGGCCGACACUGCCAAUUAGGCACAAGAAUUUCCAGAUGAAUACUGCCCCAUCUCUCUCUUGUCCCUCUUGCUGCCAACGACUGCUGCUCAGGCAAGUCGAUGUCAAGAUAAGGAUGGCCCAUCAGGGGAGCCCUUUAGGCAAAGGGGAAAAUGAGAAGAAAUGGACCAAGAGUAGAGCAAGUGUGGAAGUGUACAAAGAGAACAAAUCUAUAUUUUGAUAAACAAAUCAACUAUCCAUGGCUUCGAAGGAAGUUUCUGAACAGAAAAAGGUCCAGAAUGGAAGAAAGGAAAAAAAAAAUCAGAUGCAAAUCUCAAUAGAAUGUUUGGCAUCAUGAAAUGGAGUCAAAGUCCUGGAAAAAAAAAGAUGGGAAGUGAAUAUUUUGUUACGAGGAGUGGUUGUUUUCCCCACAAGCACCGGGAAAAUGUUCUUUUGAAAGACAAUGAGCAAUGACAGACUCUUGCCUAUAAAGACAAAGGAUGGACGCUGAGAUAAACAAAUGAAGAAAAAAAAAAAGAUAAUGCAUUUUUGUAACUUUGUUUACCAGCAUGACUAGUUUGCAUGACUGUCUUUUCUGCAAGCCCUUAGUUGAAGACAAGGGUGCUAGAGAUACAAAAAAGUAUAUAUAAAAUGAAUUAAAAAAAUGUUAUAUGCAAUUAAUGUUUUAAAAAAAGAUUAUAAUCAAAGAGAAGAGCUAUAUUUUGUUUUGAAAAGUUAAAAAAAAAUGUGAAUAUUGAAACAUGUAUGUUUGCAAAGUACACCCUGAACUAUGUUUUGUUUGAUGAAAUCUCUCUGCUACUACUGCCCUACAUUCCCAAUUCCAGUGUUUUCGACCGCUGCCACAGUUUUACUUUGUUGUGCAUCGAGCAGUAUAUUUUAUAACCAUUCAGUUCUAACCAUUCGAGACUUUGCCAAACUAUAGCAUUUGCGCAAAGGUUGUUUGUUGUUAAUCGCAAAGUCCAUGUUUUCUUCCUUGAAUCAUUUGCACAACUACCGUAGCAGCAGCAGCAGCAGCAGCAGCAGCAGCAACAGCAGCAGCACUUCUAAAAAAAAAAAAAAAAAGCUCUCCAUACCACAACUUUGACUGCUUGAUUAGUACUCAUAGUUUGCUUUUUUUUCUUUGGCAAUAAUAUAAGAGUUGUCACAUGAUUGUAGCAGGGCAAAUGGAGAACCUCGAGAGUAUCUUCAACGCCUCAGUCAGUGUUAAAGAGAUCUGUAAAGGCCUUGGAUGUCCCAUGGCAGGAUUUUGCUGGGAUAGGCAGUUCUGUUCCACUAGUCCUACGUAGAACAAAAAUGGGAGUACAAGUGCAGGUUAUCCAAUAAAGAAAGAUACUAUACUGGCGAACAAUCAAGAGAGAUUUCAGGUUUGCAUGGAACCAACUGCCAUUCCAAAGUUUAUGUGUGGUUUAAAGGACUCAGGUGUGUCGAUGGUGUGUGUGGAUGUAGGUGUUUUCUUUCUAACAUAAUAAAUUCUAGUAUAUAGAUAACGAUAAUGUGAACACCUCACCGUGAUGUGUAAAAAAACGCAUGCAUUAUGACUUGAUAAUCUCUCGAGGGGGGGAACAGAGUCUUGACAUAUCCCCCUUAGCCUCCUAUCAUCGUUUGUCAUGAAUCCAGUCCUGAUAACUAUGAACACUGUGCCGUGUCGUAGAGCAGAAACGUCUUCCUUCGAGAGGCAACUGAAAACUACUCACACUCGCAGUGUCAGCAUGAGUGUGUAGAGGUAGCUCGUCUUUGUUUUUCUUUUCUAGGUGGUCAGGUCUUUGCGUUCGUCAUUACCCAUGGAGUUACCGUCAUCCAGCUGGCUAGUCGGCAGCUCAUUACAGCACACAACGCAGUCAUGUGAGCACCAAUCAAAGAGACCCAGAGCUUCCAAAAUGAUGUCAGUGAAGUACUUUAAGUGUUGCGAGAAAGAGAGGAUGAGAGAUACCAGUGUCCACCAAGGGGAGAUUGAUUUUAAAAAGCAUUUUAUUGUUGAGUGCUCUCCAGGCACCUCAUCCUUGGUUUGGUAUUCCAAGUGAGUUUCAGGCCCUGCUGGUUCAGGGCUCAGCUCAGGCAGCUGAAUGGUCGUCUGUCCAUUCCCAGUACAUUGCAGUUGGAGGCUCACCAGAAUAUCAUGUGAUGUAGACUACAUAGACACAGUCCUAGAGCUUCUGUCUAUUUUCAAAAACGGUCCGUGGGAUUUUGUUUUGGUCCCUUAUCUUUUUAAAGCUCCCGAUUUUUCCUUUCCCAUUUUGGAAGGCAUUAAGCAACCGCGGCUUUUGAUGGUCACAAAGAUGUUUAUGAAUAUUUCAGAGGCAAACUUCGAGCAAUGGUGUGCACACUUGCAAAAACUUUGUGCUUCACCCAGCUGUUUGUGUUUUCAUGGCCGAGUACUGUCCUGUUUUUUUGUUUCUUUCCCUUUGUUUCUCACGAUACGUUUGCCAUGUCUUCAUUCUCUUCAUUGUGACUGCUCUGCCAGUGCCAGACUGAAAAAGAUGUCUUUCCUUUUUCUAUUGCAUAAUACUGCCAUUUGAUUUAGUCAUGUUGAACAGAAUGAGUUACAAUGUCGAGAGUGCUAAGUCUGUUUUAUUUUCAAAAGUUUGCAAUCUGUUAUGAAAUGUUAAAGAUUUCCUGUGUAACACUCACAUAACCAAAACGACAAAAAUGCUUUACAUGGUAAGUAGGUGCCACUGUUAACCUCAAGGUUACUAUGUGUUGUGAUAAUAUUAUGACACGUCCUCUCUGGGUGUCUAGAAGGUGUUAUGUGGUCAUUGGUUGACACAUUCUAUUGGUUUUCUUUAUGUGCCUGUUUCUGUUCAAUAUGUUUUUCUUAAUUGAGGACACUGUAUGCAAUCCGCACCACGAAUGCCGCUGAUCGACACUUAACUGUAUGCUCCCUGAGACACAGAUGUUCUGUCAUCAGUUCAGAUGAUUGCAACCACAUGUGUAGUGGCUUUAUGGCUUUCCAUAGAGUGACUUAGCAAUCACAUUAAUCUAAAAAAAAAAAAAAAUUAUUUUACAAAGCGAUAAGACCAGAGUUGUUUUAGAGGAAAUGUUAUCAUACUGAAUAGAUUUUUCUAAUAUAUUUCAUAUCUUAUUUUAAUUAGAAAUAACAUUGUCAACACCACAGAAGUCAUACCGAUAUACAUACAUCUGAUAUUACAGGCUGACAUCAUGCAUUCAUGUAAGCAUUCCAAAGAUAAAAAGAUGUAUGUUCAUUUCACAUGCCAUCACAUUGUAUAAAACAGACUUAGGUACUAGUCCAUUGUACUGCGGUCUUAGUAGGAGAGUGAAUGGGGAGAAGAGGUGGUCACUGGAGUAUCUGGUUGUGACUUAUGCCGGAUUUUAUUUUUGAAAUGUUGGGACACAAAGAACAACUCAUCAAGAACUGUAUAAAGUAUAUUUCAACGGAAUGUUCAUGAUCUAUCUUUUUAUAUUUUGAAGAAAAAAUAGAAACAUAUCAAUAAAGUGUCAUAAUUGAACAUAUUUCUACUAUUGAGACUUAAAAUGUAUGAAUGUCAAUGCGAUCUAAUGUGAACUAAUCUCCAUAGCAGCUUGAAUGAAUAACUGAUUAACAGUCAUGAGAUGCUUUUUCAGAGACAUUACAAAUUGCUUAAAAAUCAUUGAGAUGAACUUAAAAUAAAUGAAAAAGUGACAUCAA